UGGGAAAUCUGUGGAAUGCCGGUGCCGUCACCGGUCACCGGGCCCCGUCACGUCGUGGCAUGGCUCAUCCGCGCAGCCCGCGCACAGCGCGCCCGCCGUGGUCGGGCGUCCGCUGACCGCUGCCCACUAGCGCGCUUUCCCGCUGCUCCCCCGCCGUACGUAAAAUGGACCUAUCCACAUCACCCCGGCGCCUCCCCCUCUUCCUCCUCCCUCACCGUCACCGCCGGCAGCAGGACGGUUCACCCCGCGCGCGCGAGGGCGACGACGCCGAGGGCGAGGGGUGCGUCCCGCCGGAUCGGCACGGCCGACGCACGCGACGCCAUGGACGAGAAGGGCUCCGGGGAGGCCCCGUUCUUCACGGACUACGGCGAGGCCAGCAGGUACGAGGUCACCGAGGUGGUCGGCAAGGGCAGCUACGGCGUGGUCGCCGCCGCCCUCGACACCCUCACUGGCGAGCACGUCGCCAUCAAGAAGAUCAACGAUGUCUUCGAGCACAUCUCCGACGCCACCCGCAUCCUCCGCGAGAUCAAGCUGCUCCGCCUCUUGCGCCACCCGGACAUCGUCCGGAUCAAGCAUAUCAUGCUCCCCCCAUCGCGCCGCGAGUUCCGCGACAUUUACGUCGUCUUCGAGCUCAUGGAGUCCGACCUCCACCAGGUAAUCAAGGCCAACGACGACCUCACGCCCGAGCACCACCAGUUCUUCUUGUACCAGCUGCUCCGCGGCAUGAAGUACAUCCACGCCGCCAAUGUCUUCCACCGGGACCUCAAGCCCAAGAACAUUCUCGCCAACGGCGACUGCAAGCUCAAGAUUUGUGACUUUGGCCUUGCUCGGGUGUCUUUCAACGAUACACCUUCAGCAAUAUUCUGGACGGAUUAUGUGGCAACAAGAUGGUAUCGUGCUCCAGAAUUAUGCGGCUCCUUCUUUUCAAAGUAUACUCCUGCUAUUGAUAUCUGGAGCAUAGGAUGUAUAUUUGCUGAAAUGCUUACAGGGAAGCCUCUCUUUCCUGGCAAGAAUGUGGUACAUCAAUUGGAUCUCAUGACAGAUCUACUUGGCACUCCUUCAUCAGAGUCACUUUCCAGGAUUCGAAAUGAAAAGGCUCGCCGAUACUUGGGUAACAUGAGAAAAAAGCAUCCAGUUCCUUUUACGCAGAAGUUUCCUGGUAUAGAUCCAAUGGCUCUUCAUUUGCUUGAACGUCUACUUGCUUUUGAUCCGAAGGAUCGACCAACUGCUGCAGAGGCCUUAACAGAUCCGUACUUUACUGGAUUAGCAAAUUCUGAACGUGAACCGAUAACACAGCCUAUCUCAAAAUUUGAGUUUGAGUUUGAAAGAAGGAAGCUGGCCAGAGAUGAUGUUCGGGAAUUAAUUUACAGAGAGACUUUGGAAUACCAUCCUCAGAUGUUGCAGGAGUUUCUUGGUGGUGGGGAUAAGGCGAACUUUGUGUACCCAAGUGGGGUGGAUCGUUUCAAGAGACAAUUCGCUCAUCUCGAAGAAAGUGCUGCUAAGGGUGAGAAGACUAGCCCACAGCUGCGGCAGCAUGCUUCCUUACCAAGGGAAAGAGUAAAUGACAGCAGCGACGACCUAGAGAAGCCAAGUGCAGAUUACUGCAUAAGAUUGCAUGUACGUGAGCCACUCUCAAGUACUCGUAACUUUCUGAAGAGCGAAAGCAUCAGUGCUUCCCAGUGUGUGGUCAUCAAACAAAAGCGAGAGAAAGAUGAGGAAUCUAUUUCUGAGUAUGUGAACGAUCCAGUUGAUGGUGUGCCAAAGAGGAUUGCUCAACUCAAAACCUGACAGUCUUGAGGUACAUACAAGCAAGACCGAUCUGUGCACAUCGACCUGGCCAUAUGGGGGACUUGGGAAGGCUGAUUCUACGAUCUUUGAGAUUCAGUAGCCACAAUUGUUUUUUGAUAAUUGUAUUGCAUUGUCUUGUAUCCCCCCUUCAUCUUUCUAUCUUGGAGCUAGAUAUAUUUGACUCCAGCUCCAGAUUUUUGUCAGAUGGAAUUCCUAUUCACCCAUGAUCUGAUUAGCUAGUUAAGUAUAGGUUAGCCAGUAAUUAAUCGUAGCAUGUACAAUGUGUUCCAACACACUUUUCUAACAAAUAUUGUCAUGAAUUUAUGAGACUAUCCUGAUUUGUGUUCCCUA